GCUGAGUCAAAAGCCAAGAAGUCUCUUUAUUUACGCCUACCUCCCAGCCCCUGGCAAUCUGACUAAUAACAAACUGAGCUAACAAGAAAGACUAGAAAGAGCAGAGAGAACAUAGAAGCAGCUUGGAUCUAAAAAUUUAACAAACCAAGAGUGAUCAAGUCAAGCUCUGCUGACCACCUUCUUUGUUUACUGCAUCCAAAUUGCUUGCAAACAGUUAACUAUAUACAGAAAAGUCAGCAUAGCUGUGAAGUAUGCUGUGAAUUUUAAUUGAGGAAAAAGGACAACUGCUUCACAGCAUGGUCUAAUGUGCACUCUAAUGUGCACACUGUCUGGAAGAAUUUUUCAACUGAAGGCUCUGUACUUUGUCUUCUGAACAAGGAUUUUAACUUUAUGGAAUUGUAGUUUUACCAGAGCUUGCAGCAAAGUGAAACUCAGAAGAAAGUGUGCAUUUUCCAUAGGGGAAAAUUAAAUUGCAUUCAAACAGCUGCUCUAACUGUGCAUUACUGAUCCCUUCAGGGAGUGUUACUGCUGUACAGAAUCUGCUGGGCAAGAUGAAGCUCUGGGUUUUUGUGUUAUGUUCAGUUCUGGUUGCAUCUGACCCUUUCCAGUCACAGCCUUCUUUUUCUUCAACCAGAGGAUCUUGUCAGAGUUUGUGUUCCUGCGAAGAAAAGGAUGAUACCUUGAUUAUAAACUGUGAAGAAAGAGGCUUCAAGAUGAUAUCAGAAAUAAAUGUCCCACCAUCACGGCCUUUCCAUCUUAAUCUAUUAAACAAUGGCUUGACUCUGUUACGUGUGAAUGAUUUUGCUGGCCUUGUCAAUGCCAUCUCUCUACAUCUUGGAUUUAAUAAUAUUGCAGAUAUUGAGCCUGGGGCUUUUAAUGGUCUCAGCCUUCUUAAGCAACUUCAUAUCAAUCACAAUUCUUUAGAAAUACUUAAAGAAGAUACAUUUAAUGGGUUGGAAAAUCUGGAGUUUCUUCAAGCAGACAACAAUUUCAUCACAGUGAUCGAAGCAAGUGCCUUUAGCAAGCUCAACAGGCUCAAAGUGCUUAUUUUGAAUGAUAAUGCGAUUGAAUAUCUUCCUCCUAACAUAUUUCGUUUUGUGCCAUUGACCCAUUUAGAUCUUCGUGGAAACCAGUUACAGACACUGCCUUAUGUUGGCUUUCUAGAACACAUUGGUAGAAUAUUAGAUCUUCAGCUGGAAGACAACAAAUGGGCUUGUAACUGUGAUUUGCUGCAGCUGAAGAUAUGGCUAGAAAACAUGCCUCCCCAGUCAAUAAUAGGCGAUGUUGUGUGCAAUAGCCCUCCAGUUAUCAAAGGCAGCAUCUUAAGCCGGUUGAAAAAAGAAUCACUUUGUCCCACUCACCCUGCCAGUGAACUUGAAGAUCCUUCAGGAUCACUGCCCUUGGUUGUAACCACCUCUAUUAGUGAUAGUCACCUGUCAACUAAGGUGAUUCCUAUCCUGAAGGCUGCUACUAAAGAGCCAAGUUUCGUGCUUCAUGCUUCAAAGCCAACUACUCAGUUUCCAGGAAUCUAUUGUCCCGUCCCCUGUCACUGCACCAGCCAUACACUCUCAGGAGUUCUCAUGCACUGCCAGGAGCGAAAUAUAGAAAGCUUGUCUGACUUAGGACCUCCGCCUCCAAAUCCUAAAAAGCUUAUUCUAGCUGGAAAUAUUAUUCAGACAUUACUGAAAUCAGAUCUGGUGGACUAUGCUAGCCUGGAAAUGCUUCAUUUGGGGAACAAUCGUAUUGAAAUCCUUGAAGAAGGAUCCUUUAUGAAUCUGACUAGACUGCAGAAAUUAUAUCUCAAUGGCAAUCAUCUUACAAAGCUAAGUCAGAAUCUCUUCCUUGGUCUUCAGCACCUUGAACACUUGUACCUUGAAUAUAAUGCCAUCAAAGAAGUUUUGCCAGGGACAUUUAAUGCAAUGCCAAAACUUAAGGUUCUCUACUUAAAUAACAAUCUUUUACAGACUUUACCACCCCAUAUCUUUUCAGGGGUCCCACUUGCCAGAUUAAAUUUGAAAACAAACCAGUUUGCUCAUCUGCCUGUGAGCAAUGUCUUGGAUGAAUUGGAUAUGCUGGUACAAAUUGAACUUGAAGACAACCCUUGGGAUUGCACUUGUGAUUCAGUUGGGCUGCAAAAAUGGAUACAAAAACUGAGUAAGAAUACAAUGAUGGGUGACAUUUUUUGUAAAUCUCCAGGACACCUAGCAAAAAAAGAACUGAAAUCCCUGAACAGUGAUGUCUUGUGUCCAGGCUUAAUAAACAGCCCUGCACUACCAACUCAUGCCAGCUUUAUAGUUGUGACAACUUCUUCUACUACAACCACCGCUGCAGACACCAUCCUGCGAUCCCUUACGGAUGCUGUCCCACUUUCUGUUCUAAUACUAGGACUCCUAAUUGUGUUUAUAACUAUUGUAUUUUGUGCAGCAGGAAUAGUUGUUCUUGUUCUGCAUCGGCGGCGAAGAUGCAAAAAGAAACAAGCAGAUGAACAAAUGAGGGAUAGUAGCCCAGUUCACCUUCAGUACAGCAUGUAUGGGCAUAAGACAACACAUCACACAACUGAGCACCCAGCUGCAACUCUCUAUGAGCAGCGUAUGGUUACUCCCAUGGUUCAGGUCUAUCGAAGCCCAUCCUUCAGUCCCAAGCAUACUGAGCGACAGGAGGAGGGGAAUGACAAGGAAGACAAUGAUUCCAAACAUCUCCGCAGAAGUCUCCUGGAAAGAGAGAACAGUUCACCUCUUACAGGUGCAAAUGUCAAAUAUAAGGCUACAGAUCAAUCGGCUGAAUUUCUGUCAUUUCAGGAUGCCAGCUCCCUGUACAGAAACAUUCUUGAAAAAGAGAGAGAACUGCAGCAACUAGGUAUCACAGAGUACCUAAGGAAAAAUAUUGUCCAGCUGCAGCCUGACAUGGAGGUUCAUUAUCCUGGAACACAUGAGGAGCUGAAGUUAAUGGAGACACUAAUGUACUCCAGACCAAGAAAGGUUUUCCUAGAACAGACUAAAAAUGAAUAUUUUGAACUCAAAGCUAACUUACAUGCUGAGCCUGACUACCUGGAAGUCUUGGAGCAGCAAACAUGAAGCAAACGUACAGUGGGCUGGGGCUGAAUUUCUGUAUUUCUAUUUUAAGUUGGAACCAUUGUAAAUAAAAGUGCCUUACAAUAACACGUCAACAGUCAGAACUUAAGCACAGCAGUAAUCCUAGCAAAAAAAAACUCAGGGAUCACUGUGGGAAGCCAUGGGGAUGUUUGCAGGCAAUGUCUCACCCCAAAUUAAACAUAAACUCUGUGUGAUUGAACUGUGGGAGGAAGAUUGCUUACUGCAAUAUUGCAAUAUUCCUCUAGAUUUUUUUUAAAGGUGUGUAUGGCACUCUCUGUUCUGUUCCUGAUUUAUUGCAAAAUAUUUGUUAAAUGUAGUCUUUCUUUUUCCCUCAGUUUAAUUGGAUUAUUUUAGAAAGAAAACAACAACAACAAAAACCCCUGUGUUUGUAGUUAUAAGGUUGGAGUGUAUUGGUUAGGUAUUAGUACAUGCACUACAUACAAGAAUGUUGUCUACAACCACACCUAACAUACCAUUAUAAUAAAUAUGAAAGGAAUUGAAACUUUGUCAUACUAAAUGUCAGUUAAAAACAAAAAGAAUGGCAUAUGUACCCAGAGCCUGCAAAUAUUUAAGUAUCUUACGUGGAACUUCAUCACGUGCAUUCGGUAUCAGUAUGUGGAAGGAAAAAAUACAUAACUAUGUUUACCCAACAGCAACGAAAAAACAAGCCUUCUGCUAUUUUUCCUCUCUGAUAGCUUUAUCUAAGUUUGGACAAUCUUCUCUUAUGCUGCUGCUAUAAAAUAUUGUGUGUCACUGGUGUUUCAAUUCAUAAUCCUGGGCAAUUUCAAAAGCUACUGAGAAUCAGCUGUAAAUAUGUUACUGUGUUUAAUAAGUUUGAUUUUUAUAUAUCUAUCUAUAUACAUGAAUAACUUCUGUGCUGGCUUUAAAUAUUCUUGGAAGAAAUGAGUUUGCUGUGGCUAGGAACUUCAAGGUGCAAAAACAGCUCCUUCCCCACACGACCAAAAAGCAACCCUCAAACAGAAUAACCACAACAAAACACACAUGCAAAGAACAGUAAUAGUAUGUAGUAUUUGUUUGUACAAAAAUAUGCUAUAUUUUCCAGAAAUUAGAAGAAAAUAAAGUGUUGCAGGAAAAAAAUAGGUGAAAAGAUAGAACACUGCAGGUUUAUUUUUGCAAUGAAAUCUAGCUAGAUUUAUAUUAAGUAUUUAUUCUGUAUAAUUUUGUAUUUUUUUCAACUUGCAAGAAAAAAAGCUUAUUCUUGGCUGCCUUUCAAGAAAAUCAAGGAACUGCUCUCUAUCACUGAAAAUGAAAUAAAGGUUUUUUUUAAAUGUCUUUAUCUUAGAGGUCACUUUUUAAAAAGAAGGCAGCAACUCCUGCAUGCACAAGUUUAGAACUGUUUGAAAAUUAAACACCAGGGUCUUCACUCUUGUCAUGUGGACAGAAGCAUCUUGUUCAGUGUGCAGUAAGGCCAUUCAAUUUUUGUGCAUGACUGACACAGUGCCAAAACACAAAUUCUGACCUGCAUUUAUCUUCCUCUAAGCAAAUCUUUUGUAAACUGACUAUGCAUGAACAUUUUUUUUCUAAUUUCAAUUUACAGAGCUACAGAUCAGCUUAAUUACUACACGUCUAUGUAUGCGUGCUAAACUUAGCACUGAAGUCUUGAUAAAUUCAAAGUAAAAAGACAUAUUCUUUAGUUCAGCUUACUGCUGAUGUCUUACAUAUUUGUAUAUACAAAUGUUCUCCACAUUCUUUGUAUAUAAGUUUCUGACAGAAAUUUUUCUUAUACUACAGAUGAAAGUCAGAUUCUCAGUUCUUUCAAAUUUGCAUAGAGAUACUGACUUUGAUGGUGCUAUCCUAAUUUCUACAAUCUGAGGACCUGACCACAUAUUGUCUCCAUUAACAAAUCAACUUCCUUAUUAAUGUUUUGUAGAUGCCAUCUCUUUGCUAUGACAGUCAAACUUGUUGGCUUCCAAGAAUCAAAUUUCAGUAAUUGGAGAAUAAGUACUCUUUCCUCUUUCUACGACUGAGAACAAUUUAGUUUAGAAAACCUGUGUAUAUAAGAGGAUUAGGAACAGUAAAGCUGGUUACCAUGUGUUUGUUUCCUCGCUGUCUUUACUCCUGACAAUUAAAGGUAAUAACUAAGAAUUAUCAGUGCAGAUAAGAGUUAGGCAAAGGGGAGAAUUCUGCUAUAUGAGCUUCGGUAUCUAGUGCUAUUUUAGAAGUCCUUACAUAUUCAAGACAUCUGAAUGGACAUGACAUGUCAUAGAAUACGGAAACUCAUGCCCUGGUCUGGAGGCACAACUGGAGCACAGGUGGGAUAGCUUAGAGCAUUAAAGUGACACCAGAUGCCUAUAUUUAAACAACUAAAUCCCACCCAUAAAAUAUGUAACUUUAGUAUUUGAAAUAAUUAAGAUCCAAUGAAAAAUGUAAUUCAGUCAAUAUAAAUGACAUUAAAAAGCUUUGAAUUUUGAA